AUGCUGGCGCUCACCCAGACGCUCAACUGUUCUCUGAUGGGACUUGGGAGUGGUGGCAAGGCUCUCGGCCUCUCAACGUGUACGCGCAGAAAGCUUCGAGACAUCGAUUCUCUUUUCGGGUGGGUCAAGAAGCUCUCCAGGCCAUCCAUCAACAAGUUCAUCGUCGACCUUCGCAUCGAGAUUUCUGUCACGAGUUUGUCUUGUGUUCCAUUGGUCGCUGCCGCGCCUGUCCACAUUGAGGUGUCGAGUGGCUCGGGUGAGCUUCCCGCCAUCCAGCCAUUUCCGCUUAUGGCUCCGGACAUCAAGCCGUGUGACAAUCGGACCUGCCAGCUGCUGGGUGCCCUGCGGAUGAUCGACGGAAGGUUCGACAGGCUCGACGAUUUAUGGAGAAGCGGUGACUCAACCGCGACGUUUGACAGCCAACUGCUGGAUGCCUUGCGGAUGAUCGACGGGAAGUUCGACAGGCUCGACGAAUUAAUGCAGAAGUUCGGGGACAAGGUGCAGCACAUGGUCACCCGGGCCGACCUGGCGCUCACAGGCCUCACCCCCGCGCCCGCUGCGGAGGCGAAGCCUGCUGUGGGCACCACGUCAGCAGAUGAGGAGAUGGCGCCCUUGGCUCCUGAGACGGCUCAGCUGGCUGAGGCCUCCGAUCCACCAGCUGCGGGGGCACAGCAGCACGUGGCUUUGGCGCCGGCCACCGGGGGUCCAGAGGCUGGCCAGAAGAGGAACAAGAACAAUAAUAAUCAGAAGCACGAGCCGACGGACACUCCUCCGGCCCAGGACCCUGAGCGUCGCAAUCUGCUGAGCGAGCCCGAGUUAGCUGAUGGGGAGACUUCCGCGCCUGUCUCUUCGGAGGAACUCUGGGGACUCAUUGGUUGCAUUCGUGCCGAGAUGAGCGGCCUGAACCUUCAGAUGUCUGCCGCGGCCGAGGCCGCGGCGGCCUGCGCAGCCAUGGGCCCAGCCAGUUUGGCUGUCUUGUUCUUCGACAUCCAGGGUUGGGAGCUCCACGCGCAACUGGUCGAGGCGCGGGGGGCCAUCGAGCGCGCAUCGCAGAGGUGGUCUGCCCACGUCGACGCCGCGGCCUUCACCGAGCUGGGCUGCGACACCGCGGGCGCGCCGCGGGGCGUGGCGUUUCGCUGCGAGCAGAGGAUCAGACUCGGGCGCCUCGAGGACCACGAGUGCUUCUGGGAGAUGCUUGCGCGCCUGCCCACGCGCCGCGCGGGCCUCGCGCGCCCCGCGGAGUUCGCGCCCUCGGUCGCCCACUUGCGGGAGACAGAAGCACCCGAGAGCGCCCUCACGAGUGGGGGCAGGGGCGCCGCCCAGGACCGCGCGGGCAAGGGCCGCGUCUGGGGCAGGAAGUCGACAAAGUUGACCAACGAGAAGGAGCAGGGCGGCGGCGGCGCCGCGGGAGUCGCGGAGGGCGCUCACUCGGGCGACCGCGCGGUCACUGGCCACUGCGAUGGCCCUGGCGCCUCGGGCCCGAUGCGACGGGCAGCUCCUCGGCGGGUCCAGCAGGGGCGCUCGGCGCGCGACCGCGCGCGCAUCGAGCGAGACGAGGGGAAGGCGACCCUGGGCCAGCUCCACGGGGUGCCGGCAGAGCACUCCAGCGAGUGGUGCGACGCGGUGUCAGAGCAGCUCGACAGGAGGUGCUUCAGGAACGCCGGCCAGAUCUACUACGGCGACGUCGUGGAGUCCGAGGGGGCAUGCGUCCGCCACGGGCAGGGUGUGCAGAUCCUGACGGCCAAGACGGUCGACGGGGAGGACGACGUGAUGUGGGCCAGGUACAAGGGCGGCUGGAAGAGCGGCAGGAUGCACGGCGCAGGCGCCUACAGGUGGAGCGACGGGAGCUGCUACGAGGGAUCCUUCUCGGAGGGCAGGUUGCACGGCAACGGCGCCUUCACGUGGCCAGAGAGGAGCGUGUACGAUGGCAUGUGGGUGGACGGCGAGAUGACGGGGCAGGGCUGCUUCCUCAACGCCUUCGACGGCACCACCAUGCAGGGAGUGUUCUACCGCAACAGCUUCCGGAUGCACGACGGCUCCUGGGUCGACGUGAGGCAGAGGCGGCUGCAGCAGCGCGCGCAGCGCCUCCGCAUCGGGGCCGUGCCGCCCCAGGUGGCCUCGGCCAGCAUGCCUGUUUAUUAUUGCGAGCCGGAGGACUCGGGACGCGGUGGACAAGGUCUUCUCGGUGCUGCGCGAGUCUCCGCACCUGGUGCCGCUGGUGGUUGCAGAGGCCUCCUGCCCGCCAGCCUCCGGCACCGCCGCGCCGCUCUGGUGCCUGCAGGCCGGCCCGCGCGGCUGCACGCCCGGUGUCCUUUCGCUCCCCGAACGGUGCACCUCGGCUACGCGGCCACGGAGAAGCGGAGGCACCGCGACAGCCAGCAGAUAUUCCGUGGCGCGGUGUGCGAGGCCCUUCUCACCGGCCGCCCCUUCACGCUGGUGUUCGGGGAUCCCUCCGGCCAGCCCGCCGCCGGGGAGGAUGAGCCGGAAGUGCCGUCGGAGUGGAGCCUUGACGCCUUCUUCGACCGGCUCUCCCUCCCGCCGGACGUUUUCGACCUGCAGCACUUCCACAACUCCGGCGACGCCGACCUCUUCCUGCCUCCGGAGAAGCGGGGCUGGCGGAAGGGCUUGGAGCUCGAGGUGGAGGCCAGCACCGCGGGCGAGGGCGCCACGGCCGCCGAGGUCGCGGGCGAGGGCGCCACGACGGCCGCCGAAGGGGCGCCUGGCGGCGAGAUGCGAGCGCCCACGAUGGCGCCCGCCACAGUGCACUUCCUGAACGCGGCGCUCGUCAGCCUGACGCCGCUGCGGGACAUCGACCCUGACGCGGUCCGGCUGCGCCUCUGCCGCCGCUUCGAGAGGCACCUGCCGCUACACCGCGUCGCCGCGGUGGUGGUGACCGGGCCGCGCUGA